AAUUUGCCACUGUCCUGACAAACCGACAUAGACAAAUUCUGAAUUUGUUACCUAAAUUAUCUAUUAGCAAAAUGCUUUUUAUCAACCAAAAAGUGUAAAAAGACAACUUCGUGGAGUUAACAGAGAAUCCGGUGGGACAAUCUCCAGCUUCAGGUACUGGCUACACUCCCAAUUCAGAGCCAUUUCUGAAAAGCUCUGUUUCUGCCAAGUCCAGGUGGGGAUUCAUAUUUGAUCCAACCCAACCUGCUGGCACAACAAACAGUUGGCAGAUACUGAAGUUGAGUGUUCGGUUUUUUGUUUGUGGACGUUGAUUUGGGAGAGAUGGCUUCCAAUGCUCCAGCAGGGCAUACAUGUUCACCUCCAAUGAACGCCACAUCAAACGGUGUGUUCCAGGGGGACAGUCCUCUUCAUUUUGCACUGCCUCUCGCUAUUUUGCAGAUAUGUAUUGUAGUUAUAGCUACUCGGGUUCUUGCUUAUGUUCUGAAGCCGUUAAGACAGCCACGAGUCAUUGCGGAGAUUGUUGGAGGAAUCCUACUUGGGCCAUCAGCUCUGGGACGGAACAAAAGUUAUCUUCAGGCAAUAUUUCCACCGAAGAGUAUCAUUGUGUUGGACACCAUAGCAAACCUCGGUCUCCUAUUCUUUCUAUUCCUUGCAGGCCUAGAGAUAGAUCCUAAAUCCAUACGUCAGACUGGAAAACAAGCCCUUGCCAUUGCCGUAGCAGGAAUAACCCUCCCAUUUGCAUUAGGAAUCGGUUCAGCAUUUGUCCUCCGAGAAACCAUAGCCAAAGGGGUAGAUGCUACUGUAUUUCUUGUGUUCAUGGGUGUGGCCAUUUCGAUAACUCUGAGAAACCAUAGCCAAAGGGGUAGAUGCUACUGAAACUCUUGAACACUGACAUUGGAAAAAUGGCUAUGUCGGCUGCCGCAGUUAAUGAUGUGGCCGCCUGGAUUCUACUCGCUCUUGCUGUUGCCCUAUCUGGCAGUAACCAAUCUCCCCUUGUUUCACUAUGGGUCUUCUUGUCUGGGUGUGUGUUUAUUAUUUGUGCAAUUGUCAUUGUUCCUCCAAUAUUCAAAUGGAUGUCUCAACGAUGUCAUGAAGAUGAACCUGUUGAUGAGAUCAAUGUAUGCGCUACACUAACUGCUGUUCUGGCUGCUGGUUUUGUUACUGAUACAAUUGGAAUUCAUGCCAUGUUUGGUGCUUUUGUGGUCGGAGUUCUUGUACCAAAGGAGGGGCCAUUUGCAAGUGCUCUUGUGGAAAAAGUAGAUGAUCUUGUAUCUGGUCUCUUUUUACCGGUGUACUUUGUGUCUAGUGGACUGAAGACUAAUGUAGCAACAAUUCAGGGCUUCAGUCGUGGGGACUGAAGAAAAAUGAUGAGAUCUGUGUGUUAAAAGUUAA